UUUCUCGCGUCGUGGACUCGUGGUGUGUACUACGGCCGUACCGGGAAGCUUUUCGUCCCACUUCUCUUGCCGGCGCCGCGGAAAUUGCGGCGGCCGGCGGCGGAGCCUUCGGAGCCCGAGCCUGUCUGCGAGAGGGAGGCGACGACGUCCGGUGGUGGAGGUUCUGCAGAUUGGUUUAGUUUGUGAUAACUUCUCUGGGAGCUGGUUACCUGUUGUAUGAGCAUGCCGCCGUAGGUGUUGUAGCAGAAAUGCUUAACCAAAAUUCAAUGCAACAUGAAGGAACAUGGAAAACCUUGGUAAUGUUGUCACCAUUUUCUCAUCCUCAUCAAGCUGAAGUGAGAUGGAUCUCUUUUAUCAAUGUAAGGAGGUCCUAAAGAUCCAGAAGUUUCGGCGCAUGGUUUCCUAUGCUGGAUUCUACUGCUUCACCACCCUCAUUACCUAUGCUUACACAAGCAAUACGACAAGGGCUGGGAUCUCGAGAGCAGACCAGUAUUAUGCCUCAUACCCUGCUGGUACUGAGCUCCUAACUGACACUGCAAAGCUUUACAAGGCUGCAUUAGGUAAUUGUUUUGAAAUAGAUGACUGGGGUCCGAUCGAGUUCUCCAUCAUGGCAAAGCAUUUUGACCGGCAAGGGAAACCACCCUAUGCGUACCAUGCUCAAUAUCUGGCACACCUCCUAUCCCAUGGGCAACUCGACGGAAGCGGUUAAAUGCAGAAUGUUUGGUUGGUAGCAUCAUUGCAACUAGAAUUUCACUAGAUCUUGUACAAAAAUGUCGUCUUGCUAGAACACUGAUGUCAGACCACGUCAGUCAACAAAUUGCAGAACUGAAAUCAGAUAGAGAUUCUGAAAUUUAGACCGUCAACUGGUACGAUAUCAGUGCCGAAUUUGCACGUGUCACGCAACAAUUUCUGAAAAAACAUGACGCUGUCCUGUUGGAGCAUUAACUGCGUCCUUUUGUUGUUGAAUAAGACUCUGAAUGCCAAGGCAUGUGUUGGUUCG